GACUGAAGUUGUGGAACUUAAGAAAAUGCGUGUGGAACUUCUGUGUUUGUAAACAAUGCGUAGUUUUCUUUGAAAAAAAUAGAGAAAAUUCCUGAAAAAUGGCUUAUCAGUAUGUGGAGUACAGUCAGAAGUGUGAUGAGAAUGAAAUUUAUCGGAGAAAGCUGAAGAGAAUCAAGAGAAAAAUCAAAGAAAUGGUUUUUGAAAAUGCCGCCUUGUGCGACCAAGUAGCUCAGCUUCAGGAUAAUAUUGUCCUGGUUAAGGAGGAACGUCGAUUUCUACUCAAGAAACUCAUGGAAUUUGAACCUCCGGAUCCGGAGAUGUUUAAGAAUUCUAGUCAGGAAUACAUGAAGAAAUCGAAGAAGAAGACAAAUCCGGAUGGGACAGCUCCGGCAAAGGUAAAGGGUACGGGAAAGCCUGGAAGGCCAAGCCUGAAGAAUAAGCAGCUGGCUCAGCAGCAAACCAAAUCCCAGCCUCAAAUGGUCGAAAUUACCAUUGAUGCCAAUGGACAUCCUACUCAGUACCCAUUCAGUGUUGGACACUUGACAAUCUCGUCCCUGGGUGAGAUUGUUUGGGACAGGCCGGCAUUCCACACUGAACAGUGGAUCUAUCCAGUUGGGUACUCUGCAAUGAGGAUUUACGGAAGUGUCCGGGAUCCACGGCGCAAGACGGUGUACACAUGCAAAAUCCUGGAUGGUGGAUCAGCUCCGAUUUUCGAGAUUCACAUUGAAUCCGAUCCGGAUGUUGUUAUUUCCGGAAGCAGCCCAGAUUCUUGCCAUGCAACUCUUCUUCAGUAUUUAUCUGGCACCAUGGACCUCCGGAACAUGGCUAUGCGUCCUCAAGGUGAUUGGUUCUUCGGUCUGGCUCAUCCCACCAUCAUGACACUCAUCCAGAACUUUCCCAGCGCCAGAAAAUGCUCCCGGUUUCAGGGUUUCGAGAUGGUCGGUGGCGCCACCUAUGCUCUCGACAAGGACAAUGAUCCGGCUCUGAAUUUUGAGGCUCUGCAACGCUUCAUCGCCAUCUCAGCCUAUCACACUGUUCCGGAAAUCAAGGAGGAACCACCAGAUGAGCUCUUCGAGCAAGAUUCCAGUGAGCAGUACUUCAAGAAGUAACGACCUUCCACGGAGCUGUCGGCGGGAUGAAAAAUGUUUAGUGGAGGGAGAGCCGUUAGAGCUGGAUCAGAAAAGGCCAAAAUUGCCCAAAUGUUUCUCACAUCAAGUGCAAUUAGGUGAUAAUCGAGCGGGUAUUUGCCAAACUGAUUCCGUUAAGACAGCUUCAAUGGACUCCACGCUUUACAAUUUAAUGGAUUAAAUGAGCCACGAAAUAAGAAACGUAUCAAUACGCAUUUUCAUUGCACGAUCUCGCAGACUUUUUAUUCGACAUGUUUAGGAUUUCUUGGAAAUACUUGGACAUAUUCCUUAAUAAAAAAUAAAUAAUAGAUUUAAAAAGUUUUAUUUGGAUCUUCGAAGUCAUUUUAAAUUUUUUAUAGGGGAGAGUGGGGUAAUACGGUAAAUAGGUAUUUAAAUUUUUUUUAGCCACCAAUUAAUAAGUAUAAAUAAAACUAAAAAAUAAACUAAACAAAUAUUGAAAUAAAAUAAAUAAAUGCUAAUUUACCAUC